GAGUCGGACUAUUGUACAGUGUUUGUUGGCAAGGCGGAGUUUUGCAACUAGGAACGCUUCGGCGUAGUAAAGUUCAAAGAAUUACAUUAAAUAUAUUCUGGUAUUUCACCAUUUCAUAAUUUGGAUUGAACAACACUCUUGUGGUUUUUUCCAUUGAGAAGGAACGAAAGUUGGAAGUGAACUGAAACAUAUUGGAUAUCACACAGAUUACCUGUUACUCGAUGAAAACAACCGCCGUUUGGACUGCAAGUCCGCUUCAAUCGUUGCCUGAUCUGUGAGCCAGACUCAGCGGCGCGGAAAUCGCCGUGAACUGGUAGCUCCGCCAAGACUCCGACAGACACAGGCCGUGUACUUCAUCGACUGAGGUCGCCGGACGUGAGACUUUUAGAUUUUGUGUUGGGCCACUUUAAUUUAUGAAUGAAAAUUCAUACAUGAAGCUAAUGCGAUGCAAGAAGUGUCUACAGAUCUAAGUGUAUAAAGACAGAGGAAUCACAUUGACAUUUUCAACUUGUUUUGAGGGAUAUUCUUUCAAUUCAAAUAGAAACUGUCAAAUAAAAUUGUUUCUUCAAAAUGGACAGUGCCAGAAAAUGGCAACAGUUCGCUGACCACCCCGUCACAGAUGGAUUGAUUUACUUUUACAGUGGAAUUAUCAAUAUUACAAUGCAGAGGCAUUUGUGAAACAAGACGUUCAAAUAGAUCUAUCAGUAUCAGAGACAGAAAGUGUCCACCAGAAAGAUGAACAAGUAUGAGGUGUUGGGCAUUGUUGGGGAAGGAGCUUAUGGAGUGGUCAUGAAAUGCAGACACAAGGAAUCCAAAGAAGUCAUGGCUAUCAAGAAAUUCAAGGACAGUGAAGACAAUGAAGAUGUGAGAAGAACAAUUCUGAGAGAACUCAAACUCCUACGACAACUGAAGCAAGAAAACAUUGUAGAACUCAAGGAAGCCUUCAGGCGGCGUGGGAAGCUCUAUCUCGUCUUUGAAUAUGUAGAGAAGAAUAUGCUUGAACUAUUAGAAGAGAAUCCCAAAGGAGUACCGCCAGAAAAAGUCAGGAGUUACAUCUACCAGUUGAUCAAGGCUAUCCACUGGUGCCAUAGGAAUGAUGUCAUCCACAGAGAUAUCAAGCCUGAAAAUCUACUCAUCAGUGCGAAAGACACAUUGAAACUCUGUGACUUUGGUUUUGCAAGAAAUCUUGAUGGGAAUAGCUCGGCCAACUACACAGACUAUGUAGCUACAAGAUGGUAUCGGUCUCCAGAACUUUUACUGGGAUCUGCAUAUGGUAAGGCAGUGGAUGUAUGGGCCAUCGGCUGUAUCUUAGGAGAACUCAGUGACGGCAAUGCCAUCUUCCCCGGGGAGAGUGAGAUAGACCAACUCUACAUGAUCCAGAAGAUCCUAGGUCCGCUACCCCACUACCAGAUGGCCAUCUUUGACAACAGUCCUCGGUUCUCUGGUCUGAAGUUUCCUAGCAUGUCAGUCAUAGAACCAAUCGAGAAAAAGUAUGCUGGCAUCAUUAAUGGGGUCAUGCUGGAUUUCUUAUCGCACAUGCUGAGGUUAGACCCGUCUGAACGCUACACCAUAGACCAAUGCCUGGACCACAGGGCCUUUCACACUGAGAGGUUACUCCGGAACGAGAUCCGGCCUAAGUCUGCAUUCACUACCCGGCGGCAAGAAGAGGACAGCGAUGGCACCGAUGAGCUGUCACCUAGGGAGAGUAAGAGGAAGCCAAAGAUAGUCUUCAUGGAAAACCAUGAAUCCCAACAGUCCAGGAAUGAUGCCCCGGGACGAUACCAGCAGCAGCUCCAGUCCAGGCUCCACAUCUCUGAGACCAGGUCCGAAGCAGACAUGGACAUGAGUCCCUCAAACAGACCAGACAUCAUGUCCCAGAUCCAAACACCGCAACUCAAGUUUCUCAAGUCCAAGUCCAAGAAGGCGUCCAAGGAGAACCGAGGAGAGGCAGAGCCACGCAACGAUCCCUCGGGACAUGCUCCGUUGCAGCCGUCGGGGAAGAACGUAGCAGGGUUCUUGAAGAGUUACACCCUUGGGGAGCGCAAGGAACAGAUGAUUGAUAUGUCUGGGUCAACCAGACAGUCUAAGUACUCUCAAUAUCACAAAGGAUCCAUCCUUGCUCUGUCGGAACGGAAUCAAGGAGAGGAAACGAGCCACCACGGAACAUCUCAGAAACAUGAACAACACAAGAAACAGUACUCAAUGGAUGAAGAGUCGUUACCAUACCAUGAGCCGUCAAACAAUAGGGUAGAACAUGUUAAAAGCUCAAAGAAUACGCUGAACAAGAAAAAGUCGGACACAGAGGAUAGUGAUAACGAUCAGAGUAAGGUCAUAUCCCACUGGAGCAUGGAUGGCAGCCAUGUUGGGUCACAUAACCAGACCCCUGCAGGACAGCAGGACAACGAGGGGGUAAACCCUUUUGGCAAAUACCUCAAAAGUGCCUACAAGAAACAAAGUAAGGACGCGGAAAGAUCGCAGAGAGAGGCUCACAAUCAAGAUGUCUUGCAGAGUAAACGGGAUUCAAACAAAGCCAAUCAAAAAGACACCAGAAUUCCUGGGAAUGAAAAUUCUGGUGAUAGGGUCUCCGAAUCAAAUCAGGGUGUGGACACCAGGACAGUCAAUCAUGAUCACGGUAGACUCCCUUUACCUCAUAGGACAGAAAAGAAAGGUAGGGGUAGCGAGAUCCAAGAAAGCAUAAAUCCAUACGGCGCUAGAGACACUCCGGAUCCGCAGGGUUAUGGGAGUAGGGUAUCCAACUAUGACAGCAGUAAGCAUCCACUCUCGAUAACGGCUGAAACCCCUCGGACUGUGCUUCCUAACCAGACCAAACAGUUCGGUACCUCAGAGGGCCACAUGGACGAAGAUCGGGGUAUGGACUACCAGACAGUAGGUGACACUGGUGAUAGAUGUGAUGAGAGAGGCGGGAUGGAAGAAGAGGAUAAGGUCAGUGUUUUUUUCUUUCUCAAGAUCCAUUCGUAGCCAUAAACAAAUUUUUCAAAAAAGGGCAUAAGUUGUAAAUGUAAUACAUGUUUGGAUAUUUGCUUUUUUGACAUUCUUUUCAAUAUUCUCAAUGGCUUUUUUAAUGCGUGAAAC